GUCGCAAAACCGAGCGAGAAUGGAGCCCUCCUUCAACGAGCUUCGUCGGGAAGCUUUGGCCCGAGAUCCAGAGCUGGUGGUGACGAAUGCCGUCAAUGACGAGCUCAUGCAGAGCCUGGACUACAAGAUGCGCACAUCGAACGCGUCCUACGUAAUAUCUCGCAAAGAUGUGCAGUAUUUCCCAAGCUCCCUCAGCACCAUCACGCCCACGACAUCAAGAGUUGUUCGCGUGCCCUUGACUUCGGGCUCUGAUUUUAUCGACCCUGAGAGCAUCAAGGUAGCCUUUCGCUUCGUCAACAACGAUGCCGCCAACGACUACCACCCCAUCAUGGGGCAUCCUGCCUGCCUGAUCAAAAGAAUCCAGCUUUUCGCCAACGGUCAGCGAACAGACGACAUCGACAACUACGGCAGAACCGUGCACCUGUACACGCUGCUGAAGCCGCGCGAGUGGUGGAUCAAUCAGUCCAACGAGGGCUUCGAAAUCAAC